AUGGCGUCCUUGCACGGCGGCUGCUCAGACUUUACAGACGGGUCGUCGUCGGAAGAUGGGGGAGACCCCAUGGUGUCCAUGCCUAACCCACCAUCUACACAGGCACAGCCACCCACGAAGACCCCAAUCCCUGUGACCAUGGAGGCAAUUGGGGCACUUAUGGCAGACCAUCACAAAAAAAUUGCGGAUGAUGUGGUCCUGCUCAGAGAGGACAUUAAAGGCAUUACUAACAGGCUGGGGGCGGUGGAAGCCACCUCUACCAACCACACUAGUCAGAUCGCGGACCUCCUAGCAGCGAUCCGGGACAUGCAACAGAAAACCCGGCAACACGAGCAACAACUCGCAGCCCACGAAGAUAAGUCCCGCCGGAACAACAUAAAGCUUCGGGGGGUUGCUGACUCUGUUCCAGAGGCCGAACUCCCACAUUUCAUCAGGAGAUUACUCACAGAACUGUUAAACCCAAAGGCAGCAAAAGCAACCAUCCUGGAGGAAAUAUUUCGCAUACCGAGACCAGCGAAGGCCCCACCUGCCGCAUCAGGGGAUUUAAUUCUCCAGUUUCAAUCGUUCAGGGACAGGAAAGUGAUCCUAGAGGUUGUUAGAGCUCAGCCCACAUACCCCUUUGAGGGAAUGACCCUCUCUUUUUAUGCAGAUUUAUCGGACGGGACGCUGGCAUGGAGGAGAUCAAUGAGCCCAUUCACAGCCCUCCUGCGCCUCCAUCAAAUCCGGUACCGAUGGGGACCUGGCCGUACUCUCAUCAUAGAUAAGGAAGGCACCAAGCAUGUAAUACAAGACAUGCAAGAGGCCACUGGGACACUGGGCUUACUUGGCCUCCCCACAGAACCAUUGGCUCCGGCGACACCAUCAGCAGGACAAACGCGCCCACACAGAAGAUACUCCGCAAGUGCACCAGAGUUUGUUCCGCGGAGACCACCCGCGGAUUCAUAUGCCAAGGCCACCACCUGA